AAUGGGUGCUCCUUCAUUCAACUUUUCCUCUCAGGUCUUUUCAUGUGUUCUUCUACCUCCUUCACAGUAUUCCAUCUUCCCAAUGCUUGUAAUACCCUUUCUCACUUUCUUCUCUCCCAAAGCCUACUCUUUGAUAAACUCAUCUCAUUCUCUUUCAGUUAAGUCAAAUUUCUCCAUGUUCUUCUAGCUACCCUUCAAAUAGUUAGCAAAAUGUAUCACUUCAAUUCAUGGGUUAUUCUUAUUCUUCUCUUUAACUCAAAAUCUUUAGUAAAUUGCAUAAAUGAAGAAGGUUUAGCACUUCUUACAUUCAAACAAUCCAUAAUUCAAGACCCAUUUGGGUCUUUAAGCAAUUGGAACAAAUCUGAUGAGAUGCCAUGUUUAUGGAAUGGAAUCACUUGUAAAGAUCAAAAAGUUGCUUCUGUUAGCAUUCCUAUGAAAAAACUUGUGGGUAAUUUUCCUUCUUCUUUUGGUAAUCUUUCUAAUUUGGUGCAUGUUAAUUUGAGGAAUAAUAGUCUUUAUGGCCCUUUACCACUUGAUUUAUUCCAAGCUCAAGGCAUUCAAAAACUAAUUCUUUCUGGUAAUUCAUUAUAUGGGCAUGUACCUAAUGAAAUUGGGAACCUUAAAUUCCUAAGAAUUUUGGAUUUGUCCCAAAAUUCCUUUAAUGGGUCUUUACCCUCUUCAAUUCUUCAAUGUAAGAGGUUAAAGAGUCUUGUUUUGAGUCACAACAAUUUUAUUGGGAGUCUACCAAAUGGGUUUGGGAGGGUUUUGAAAUCCCUAGAGAAAUUUGAUCUUUCUUACAAUAUGUUUAAUGGGUCAAUCCCUAAUGAUUUGGGGAACUUGUCUAAUUUACAAGGAAAUGUUGAUUUUUCUCAUAACUUGUUUAGUGGUACAAUCCCUGAGAGUCUUGGUGAGGUUCCUGAGAAGGUUUAUAUUGAUCUAACUUAUAACAAUUUGAGUGGGCCAAUUCCACAAAAUGGUGCCCUUAUGAAUAGAGGACCAACUGCAUUUAUAGGGAACCCUGGUCUUUGUGGCCCUCCAUUGAAGAACCCUUGUUCAUCAAAUGGUUCUUUAGCCUCACCGUCUUCGGACCCUUUCUCAAGUGAUCAUUCACCUCAAGGGAAUAGUAACAUUGGUGGGAAGAAUAAGGGGAAAGGGCUUAGUAAGGGUGCUUUAGUAGCCAUUGUAGUGAGUGAUAUAGUUGGAAUUUGCUUAAUUGGGUGGUUGUUGUCUUAUUGUUACACUAGGGUUUGUCUUUGUAAGAACAAUGAUGAUAAGCUAAGGAGGGAAAGUGGGGAGUGGUGUUGCUUCACAAAAGAAGUGUCCGAAACGCUAUCGGAGAUCAUUGAACAAAAUGAUUUAGUUCCUUUGGAUUCUCAAGUGGCGUUUGAUCUAGAUGAACUUCUUAAAGCGUCCACUUUCGUGCUUGGGAAGAGUGGGAUUGGCAUUGUAUACAAAGUAGUGCUUGAAGAUGGACUUACCUUGGUUGUGAGGAGAUUAGGUGAGGGAAACUCCCAAAGGUUUAAGGAAUUUCAAAUUGAGGUUGAAGCAAUUGGGAAGCUAAGGCAUCCAAAUAUUGUCACGUUAAGGGCUUAUUAUUGGUCUAUUGAUGAGAAGUUGCUUAUAUAUGAUUAUGUGCCUAAUGGAAGCCUAGACAAUGCUUUACAUGGGAAGCCGGGAAUCGACACAUUCGCUCCACUUUCGUGGUCGACCCGAGUACAAAUAACCAAAGGCAUUGCUAGAGGUUUAGUGUACUUGCAUGAAUUCAGCCCAAAAAAAUAUGUUCAUGGGGAUUUAAGCUCAAGCAAUAUACUGCUCGGAGAGGAGAUGGAACCUAAAAUUGCUGAUUUAGGACUAGGGCGCCUUGCUAACAUUGCUGGGGGAACUCCUACACUAAAAUCCUGUAGGAUGACAUCUGAUAAAACCCCACAAAACCAAGCAGGAACGGCACCAUUAGAAGUCGGGAGUGUACCUGUUUCGAUUGCACAUUGUUACUACCAAGCCCCGGAAUCCCUUAAAUCUGUGAAACCAUCACAAAAGUGGGAUGUUUACUCAUAUGGGGUAAUCUUACUCGAAUUGAUAACCGGAAAAUCUGCUUUGGUUCAAAUGGGCACCUCAGAAAUGGACCUCGUUCAAUGGAUUCAGCAAUGCAUUGACGAUAAGAAGCCUUUUACUGAUGUUUUAGACCCGUAUUUAGCUCAGGAGGCGGACAAGGAAGACGAGAUAAUCCAUGUUCUGAAAAUUGCUGUGGCUUGUGUCCAUAGCAGCCCUGAAAAAAGGCCAACGAUGAGACAUGUCUACGAAGCUUUAGAUCGAAUGCCGACUUGAGUCCUUAAUCGUUCACCUUAUCGAUAAAAACUGCGGGCUUCCUUGGGCUUAUUAAGCUGUUUGUGCUAGUAGUAUGAAGUAGUUGUAGUGUUCUCUAAAGUGUAACUCAAUUGUUUCUUGUACAUAAUGCCAAAUAUCAUCUUGUUAUCUUGUUUGUGUUUGUAAUGAUAAAGAAGGCUUUGUUGUUUGUCAAUGAAAAUUUGAAAAAGCAAU